GCCAAAAAAAGAUCCUAGCGAGGACCAUAGGAGUGCAGGGGGUUCUAGGAGAGCAGCAAGAGGAAGCGAGUGGGGUGGGUUGUUUGCACAGCAAUCAGCUGCUAAAAUGGCCAUCAAAGUAAUGGACCUGAUCUACUGGCGGGAUGUGGGGAAGACAGGGCUGGUGGUCACAGGGCUGGUGAUAGGCCUGGCUAGCCUGUUCCAGCUCAGUUCCGUCACCAUGCUGUCCUACCUGUGUAUCUCCAUCAUGUGUCUCACCUUCCCCCUACGCCUCUACUACAAACUCCUAGAGCUGAUACGGAAGAUCCCUGAAGGAGUGCACCCCUUUCAGUCUUAUAUAGGAGACGACAGCUCUCUGACAGAUGAGGAGGUCGUGUUGGUGGUGGAGGAGGUCGUGCUAAUGAUGGCCUUCGCCAUCACAGAGAUCAAACGCCUGCUCUUCAUCGACAGCAUCAUGGACUCCAUCAAGUUUGUGGUGCUGCUGUACGUGUUGACCUAUAUGGGCAUCACGACCAAUGGUCUGACCCUGGUGAUAGUUGGUGUCAUCUGUGUUUUCUCUCUUCCUCUGUUCUACAAACAAAUGCAGGGGCGAAUGAAAAGGAUUAGCAAAGCGGUCAGAGGCCUCCUGAGGAAAAUCAAAAACUUGUUUAAGAUGUUGUACAGUAAACUGAGACCCUCUCCUGCGACUACAUCUGCCACAACCCCCACUCCCACCCCGGCCCCAAAACACAAACUCAAGUCAAAGUGAUGAGACAGAGAGAGGGGGAUCUAUGGGAAAAGAGGGGGGUCACUCAUACUUCUUAUCUUAUCAUGCCACCUGGGAUCAGGGGCUGGGCAACUCUGACGAGGGGAGUUGGGGUACGGGGGGGGGGGGAUUUCAAAUCCAGUGUUUGGUCUUGGUACACAUAGGCCUACGGAAGAUGUUUACAGACAAAUGCAUCAUUCUUCGUCACAAAUCUUGUUCUCGAGGCACUAGCUGACAGCCACAAAGUCAUAAAAUCAGAUUUUAAACCUAACCUUAACCACACUGCUAACCCUAAUGCCUAACACUAACCUUAAAUUAAGACCAAAAAGUAAAUUUUAGUUUUCGUUCAUUUUUAAAAUAAAUUAUAGCCAAUUACGACUUUACAGCUGGCCUAUCUAAGAGGAAAUCGCUCACUUAUGCCUCCAGGUCAAGACAGGAGGAUUUUUAAAAUGUCAAUCUAAAAGACAACAAGCUUGCCUUGUCAUGAGUCAAAUAUUUGUUUUUAUACCACAUAACACAUGCCAUCUUAAGACAACACAGGGUGAAUACUGGCUAUCUAACCACAUGCCCAAAACUGUAAUUGACUUUGAGAGUACACUCAAAGUGUGAGAAUGGGUACUUACUCAAAGUAAGUGUGAGAAUGGGUACUUACUCAAAGUAAGUGUGAGAAUGGGUACUUACUCAAAGUAAGUGUGAGAAUGGUUACUUCUCAAAGUAAGUGUGAGAAUGGGUGAAUGGGUACUUACUCAAAAGUGGCAAACUUUUGGGGGGAUUUUUGUUUAAAUUGUUGAAUAAAUGUUUCACAAUUUC